UGAAAUCCUGAACUGCACGAGACUUCGCAAGAUUUAUGGAGUUUGGAAGGAUCUGACUGAAAACAUUACAAGGCUGCUUAUAAAUUAACCGCACAACUCAACAUGUUCAACAAAUUACAAUGAAUUGAAAAUGCCUAAAACAUCAAAUAGACGUAGAAUUGGCUACAGGGAUAAAUGUAGAGCAAGGAAGAGAGUUAGAAAACCCAAAGUUUUGGAUGCCCAUACCAUUGAAGAGCAUGAGCAUAUAGUUAUUGAUUCAGAUGCUGAUUCCAUUGAAGAGCAUGAUCUUAGAGUUAUUUAUGCUACUUCUACAGAUACAAGAUUUUGGCCUGUACCAGAAUUGAUAGAAUUAGGUGAUAUAAGCAACGUUCAGUCACCAGCUUACCGAAAUGAGAAUGACGAGACCAAUGAAAAUAUUGAACAUUAUGUUGUGUUAGACAAAGUCUAUCAAUACGAUCCAAAUAAAAGUCUAGAUGAAUUUGUAACAACCAAGAAGGAAGAGCAUUAUUCCACACUUAAAAGAAGUUGUCAGAAGCUUGUUGAAGACACGAUAUAUGCACAGCUUGAAUUUAUGCGCUCUGCUAAAAUUAUAAGAUUUGUAUCUGUGUAUGAUAGUGACAAUCCAGGAGUAAAGUUGAUUUGUACGAUAAAGAAGAAUUACUGUGCAGAAGUGUUCGUUCACGGCAAGAAAUUAAGUGAUCAACACGACCUUUGGCGCACAGUACCAGGAAAGUUCUUUACAAUUCAGCGAGUUGAACGUCUUUUGAAAGUUCUGCUUCAUUAUGAUGUAUGCAUUGGUAAUCCUGAUGAAGAGUUACAGAAACUAUGUUCGGGAAAAAUGGGGUAUGUUGAAACAGGUUAUGGAGCUUAUCGGGGCGACUGUAUUUUUCAAACAGGUAAUGGAGCUUAUCGUGGCGACUGUAUUUAUCAAAGUACAAUCCGAACCAUAUCAUGCAUGUUAUUGACCGACAGGUGGAAACCAAGAUGUAAAAAUUGUAUUAUCUAUCGUAAAACUAUAAAAAAGCAAGAAUCCAGAGAAAAACAGAAAUCACCUGCAUCAAGUAAAAACUGGUUAACAUCCAGAAAAGGAAAUAGUCGAUUAACUGAUUGCGAGAAAUUUGAAAAAAUUAAACAGUUAAAGAACUACAGUAGUCAUUUAGAAAGUCAGGUGGCAGCACUGAAAAAGAAAGUUAAGAAGUCUGACGGUAUAUUGAUUAGUGAAAAUAACAGUACUAAAGAUAUGGUAAAUUUGAUGACAUCAUGUGAAAAUAUUGUUGAUUAAUAAUUUACAUAUAAAAACUGCUGAUAUAUAUGUUCCUGAUCUGUUGUAAUAUAUGUUUGUUAUUUGUUAAAUAAAUCAUAAAUAUUAGUGAUACUUGAAAGUUAUGUAUAAAUAUAGAUUCUAAUUACAUUGACAUGAGUGGAUUAUCGGAUUUAUCCAAUCGAGAUACAUGUUGAAUUAUCAAUUUUAAAGUCUGUUUAAGAUAUGUUAUGAUAGAGCUGAUUUUCUAUUAAUGAAGCAAUUUUCAACAUCUA